AUGAAGUUCUCCCUCGUCGCCUUCACGGCCAUAGUGCCCCUCGCCGCCGCGCACUUCAAGCUGAUGUAUCCCACCUCCCGUGGCUUCGAUGAGGAUACCAUGGCCAAUUUCCCCUGCGGUGGAAUGGGCCAGUCCUCCAAUCGCACCAAGCUACCACUGUCCGGUGCCUCAUUCCCCGUUGCUCUUGAGAUGCACCAUUCCCAGACUGCCGUGGAGGUCCUUCUUUCUCUGGGCAGCGAUCCGGGAGACAACUUCAACAUUGUCCUCUCACCAACUUUCCAGGUCAAAGGCCUUGGCGAGUUCUGUCUUCCUCACGUCGAGAUCAAUCAGAAGCUCAUCGGCCGUAACCUCACCAAUGGAAUGAACGCUACCCUUCAGGUACAGACCAACGGUGACCCAAGUGGUGGCCUCUAUGCUUGCGCCGAUAUUCAAUUUUCCUCCGACGUCACAUACCAGACACCAUCUGCCUGUAGCAAUAACACCAAUCUCGUUGCCACCGCUUUCUCCAAGGAUUCUGCUGCGCGUAAUGCCAACGAGUCUACUGCUGAGGGCCAAGCACAGAGUGGAUCGUCGUCCCCGUCCUCCACUUCCAAGGGUGCUGCUAUGCCGAUGCAAACCGCCGCUUGGGGGGUUAUUGGUGCUGCUCUCAUCGGUGGCAUUGCUGUGCUGUAA